CGGCUCUUCCUGGUGGGCACGGCCCCGGAACCCAAGGAGGCCCGCAAGGUCAACCAGCUGCUGGCCAUGGAGGCCAGGGUGCACGGGGACAUCCUGCAGUGGGACUUCCACGACUCCUUCUUCAACCUCACGCUCAAGCAGGUGCUCUUCCUACAGUGGCAGGAGACGCGGUGCACCAAUGCCAGCUUCAUCCUCAACGGGGACGACGACGUCUUUGCCCACACGGACAACAUGGUCUCCUACCUGCAGGGCCACGACCCUGACCACCACCUCUUUGUGGGGCAGCUCAUCCAGUACGUGGGCCCCAUCCGGGUCUCCUGGAGCAAGUACUAUGUGCCCAAGAUAGUGACGGAGGACGAGCACUACCCGCCCUACUGUGGAGGGGGGGGCUUCCUGCUGUCCCGCUUCACGGCGGCCGCCCUGCGCCGGGCUGCCGCCGCCCUCGACCUCUUCCCCAUCGACGAUGUCUUCCUGGGCAUGUGCCUACAGCACGCGGGCCUGCAGCCCGCCUCGCACAGUGGCAUCCGCACCGCCGGCAUCUGGGCCCCCUCCGCACGGCUGUCCACCUUUGACCCCUGCUUCUACCGGGACCUGCUGCUGGUGCACCGCUUCCUGCCCUACGAGAUGUGGCUCAUGUGGGAGGCGCUGAGCCGGCCCAACCUCACCUGUGGCAAGCGCCGGGAGAUCUACGGAGUGGGGCCGGGGCCCUAGCCCCGGGGCUCCUGUCUCCACCCUGCAGGAGGGGGGACAUUUUCUUCCCAAGAAGAGACCUUUGUCCUCCUGGGCAUAGGGAAGUGCCAGGGAGGGGGUGAUGAGUGAAUAGUUUUGUUUGUUUGCUUUUUUUAAAUACGUAUAUGCUUUUAUUUAUUUUAGGG